GCCGUUAAACUCCAUCGAAGAAGAAGACACUUUCCCCUCAUCGGAUCAUUGUUUAAAUCACAAGGAGAGUUACAGAGUAAGUAUCUUUAAUAAGGUUGGAUGAAAUGGAUUGUAAUCUUAUUGCUACAUCUGUGAAGUUGUAAGAAGAAUGGAAAAGUGAAUUGAAAACAUUAUACAGUUCUAUCUCUGCAGUCAUCUACCUAUGAUACCCAUAGCAUUGGUUUGGUAUCGGUAACUACCGGUACAAUCAGCGGCCACUUGUCUGCAUUUUCAAUACUAUUUUUACAAUCGUAGCUAUUUUAAUGCAUACUAUCGCUUAUAUUCGUGCUUUGUUGUAUGGUGUAAGACGUCUGUGAAGUUGUGAAAUAGUGUUUACGUGAUGCAGGCCACAGUUCAGUAACUUUAGCAUGCUACUGUACAGUAGUUUAUUUUCGGUUCCAGUGUAUAACAGUUUAUUCAACAUGUAUCAGUCAUGGAUUAGCUAAUACAUGUAUUAUGUUAUCUAGUUUAAUGGUGUGAUAAUCGGGAUAUUUGCCUUGCAUUUCAAUCUACACAUGAAUAUGGGUCUGCAAUGUAUUGCAAUGUUAGGUAGGCUAUUGAAUUCCCUUGGCAUUCUGCAAGCAUGAAUACUUUACAAUAAUGGAAGAUAUGCAUUGUGUUAAUCUUACUAUUUGUCCAUGUAUUGAAUGCUACACAGCUUUCCAUAAAUGCAGUGUGGACUUUUUACAGAUGAAACCCCUUCCAUUAUGACACUCCUUCCUGUAUCUGUCAUAAAGGCCUAUGCAUUCUUUGUCCUUUAGUUACACAACUAAAUCUAGUAUCUGUCACUUACCUUUCAUGCUGUAGAUCUGCUGUCAUGGUGCUGAGAAUGCUUAGUACUGUAUCUGUCACUUAUGUAUUCUCUGUAUGUAUUAGGUAUGAACCCUUGGACACACAGGUACCUCCAGCGCUCCCUCCUGCCUCACGUUCGGCCCCUGUCCCUGGUGAUCUACCCCAGACCCCCUUGUAUCCACCCCAGGCUUCUGAACUUGCCCCAGUGGGGUGAAGACCAGAAGAGGGUGAUGUCCUUCCUGCCUCUCUCUCUCUCUCCCUUAAAUGCAGCUGGUGAUUCCAGAGAGCCGGCGGGCAUCUCUCAACAAGAAGCAGCAGUGGAUUGACCGGAUGCUGUUUACCAGGAGCCUCCUACAGAGCUCACAGUCCAUCACUGUCCUUUCCCUGGUGGGGUGAAGACCAGAAGAGGGUGAUGUCCUUCCUGUCUCCAAGGCCUGCCUCAGAAUGUGCUGGGUGAAGAAGUUCAGUGAUGUUCCACAGUGCAAGAGUUUCUUCCUGAAGGGGACAACUCCAAAUCUCCCAGGUAUUUUGGUUGAUGGGAAAGUCCAGGACCAGAACCGCUACAAGCUGAUUUGCCAGUUGUUUAAAUACAAGAAGAAAACGGAAGUUAAAAACAUCUACAGGUUUGCAACUCUCUACGACACGACCAACAGGAUCCCUGUGUUCUCAGCCUACACCUUCACUGGUCCUCCUACAGACCGCAGACCAAAUCAACGUUGGAUGAUCGAGCCCCAGACAGUUGUGUUACCUAGUCAGUCCUGGAUGAUGGAGCCUCAGCUUGAAGAUAAACAUUACACACGUAACAUGAUGGUGGCAGGUAGACGUCUAAGAGUCGAGCACCAGGCUACGAACGCAGACUACAAGGUAAAGAUAAAGGGCAUGCAUCUGGACAGAGGUCACCUAUUCCCAUGUUCGUAUGCUGAUGAUGAAACCAUGAGGUCCACUUUCACCCUGACAAACGCCGUUCCCCAGGAAAGAGGCUUCAACCGAGGCAGAUGGAGUCAAAUGGAGUGCAAAGUCAGAGAAUAUCUUGUGAAGAACUGUAAGGAAGCUGAAGACCAGAUGAAAGCCUAUGUGGUGACUGGAGCAGUGCCCAGCAACAACAAACUGAACAAACGAGUGAACAUCCCGGAUCUUCUGUGGACAGCCUACUGCUGUAAAAACAACCUGGGACAGUGGGUGGCCGGAGCAUACUGGGGGAAGAACGUAAAGGGGGAAACAGUGAAUUCAAAUACCUUGGGAGUUCUCGAAAAAGAAUUGACGAGUUUCUACAAGGACUUCAAGGUAUUCCCAUAUUAUUGCCCAAGAAAAGCUAUUCAAAGUGUAGAACAGGAUGAGACAGGGAGGAACAGAGAGAGAGUAUUAGAGGGUGGGGCGGGGCAAAAGAGGAGCGGGAAAGGGAGCAGAGAGAGGAGCAUGAAGAUGGCGAGAAGAACAGGGGAUGAGUUAAAGGAAUGUGAUGAGGAGGAUGGAUGUGAUUGUGACUGUGAUGAAAAAUGAUGAGUUUUGUCCAGUGGUAAUUCCCACAACUAUUGAGUACACAUUCCCUAAGUUACAAGGGUUUUAAGGGUUUAAUGGUUAUAAGGGUUAAGUUAUAAUGGUUAUAAGGGGUAAGUAAUAAGUGUUAUAAGCCAUGGUUAAAAUGGUUAUAAUAAGGGUUAUAAUGGUUAUAAUAAGGGUUAUAAUGGUUAUAAUAAGGGUUAUAAUGGUUAUAAUAAGGGUUAUAAUGGUUAUAAUAAGGGUUAUAAUGGUUAUAAUAAGGGUUAUAAUGGUUAUAAUAAGGGUUAUAAUGGUUAUAAUAAGGGUUAUAAUGGUUAUAAUAAGGGUUAUAAUGGUUAUAUUAAUGGUUAUAAUAAGGGUUAUAAUGGUUAUAAUAAUGGUUAUAAUGGUUAUAAUAAUGGUUAUAAUGGUUAUAAUAAGGGUUAUAAUGGUUAUAAUAAGGGUUAUAAUGGUUAUAAUAAGGGUUAUAAUGGUUAUAAUAAGGGUUAUAAUGGUUAUAAUAAGGGUUAUAAUGGUUAUAAUAAGGGUUAUAAUGGUUAUAAUAAUGGUUAUUGUAAGGGUUAUAAUAAGGGUUAUAAUGGUUAUAAUAAGGGUUAUAAUGGUUAUAAUAAGGGUUAUAAUGGUUAUAAUAAGGGUUAAAAUGGUUAUAAUAAGGGUUAUAAUGGUUAUAAUAAGGGUUAUAAUGGUUAUAAUAAGGGUUAUAAUGGUUAUAAUAAGGGUUAUAAUGGUUAUAAUAAGGGUUAUAAUGGUUAUAAUUAAACAAGUUUAAGGGUUAUAAACAUUAAAGACCAGCUCUGUUAUUUUGGCGACUAAGAAAGUAUAUUUUAAACCUCCCACUUUGUGCUUGAUGUAUCAAUGUGUUGUUCAUACAUAUAGAAUCUAUGAGCAGAAUUACUGUUUCCCUACAUUUCACCCCCCCUAGCAAAUUGAGUCUUAGCCAAUGAGCAUCAGCCCCUCACAUGUGAGUGAAAACUAGUGUGGUGGCAGAAUUAGUGUUGAACUGUUGUAACUUCUCAAGGGACAUGUUCUGUGUUGGACUGUGAUGUCUUUCAUAGAGUCCUGGUGUGUCUGUACCUUAAACACAAGGCCAUUGUGUUCUGGAACUGUUGCUGUUAUAAAUAACUGUAACAAUCUGAUGGUAUUAUCACCUCCCACUAUAUAAGGGACAUGGAACCAUUUACUCAGGGGGUUCUUCCCUGUGAAAUCACAAUCAUCUCCUCUGCAGCUGCUUGAUUAAAGAUCUUUCUAUUCAAUUAAAAA